GUGACACAUUAUAAACAAUAUCCACCUAAUACAAGCAAAGUUUAUUCCUACUUUGAAUGUCGUGAAAAGAAGACGGAGAACUCCAAAUUAAGGAAGGUCAAAUAUGAGGAAACAGUUUUUUACGGGUUGCAGUACAUACUUAAUAAAUACUUACAAGGCAAAGUGGUAACCAAAGAGAAAAUACAGGUAGCCAAAGAGGUGUAUAAGGAACACUUUCAGGAUGAUGUCUUCAAUGAAACGGGAUGGAACUAUAUUCUUGAGAAAUAUGAUGGCCAUCUUCCUAUUGAAAUAAAGGCUGUUCCUGAGGGCUUUGUCAUUCCAAGAGGAAAUGUACUUUUCACUGUUGAAAACACUGAUCCAAACUGUUACUGGCUUACAAACUGGAUUGAGACUAUUCUUGUUCAGUCGUGGUAUCCAAUCACAGUAGCCACAAACUCCAGAGAACAAAAGAAGAUAUUGGCAAAAUACUUGCUGGAAACCUCAGGCAGUUUAGAAGGACUGGAAUACAAACUUCAUGAUUUCGGUUACAGAGGGGUCUCUUCACAAGAGACUGCAGGAAUAGGAGCUUCUGCACAUUUGGUGAACUUCAAAGGAACUGAUACUGUAGCAGGAAUUGCUUUAAUUAAGAAAUAUUAUGGAACAAAAGACCCCGUUUCAGGUUAUUCUGUUCCAGCUGCUGAACACAGUACUAUAACAGCUUGGGGAAAAGACCAUGAAAAAGAUGCUUUCAAACAUAUUGUGACCCAUUUUUCUUCAGUGCCUGUAUCUGUGGUCAGCGACAGUUAUGACAUUUACAAUGCUUGUGAAAAAAUAUGGGGUGAAGAUUUAAGGCAUUUAAUUGAAUCAAGAAGUGCAGAGGCUCCCCUCAUUAUUCGGCCAGAUUCAGGAAAUCCUCUUGACACUGUGCUAAAGGUUUUGGAAAUUUUAGGAAAGAAGUUCCCUAUUGCAGAAAAUGCAAAAGGUUAUAAAGUGUUGCCACCUUACCUCAGAAUUAUUCAAGGAGACGGUGUGGAUAUCAACACAUUGCAAGAGAUAGUGGAGGGAAUGAAACAACAAAAAUGGAGUAUUGAAAACAUUGCCUUUGGCUCAGGAGGAGCUCUGCUGCAGAAAUUAACUAGAGAUCUCUUGAACUGCUCCUUCAAAUGCAGUUAUGUGGUUACCAACGGCCUUGGGGUAAACGUCUUUAAAGAUCCUGUAGCUGAUCCUAACAAACGUUCAAAGAAAGGAAGAUUGUCUUUACACAGAACCCCAAACGGAGACUUUGUUACCCUAGAAGAAGGCAAAGGGGAUCUAGAAGAAUAUGGACAGGAUCUCCUUCAUACAGUGUUUAAGAAUGGAGUAGUAACGAAGACAUACUCGUUUGACGAAAUAAGAGAAAAUGCCAAGUUGAAGACGAGUGAAUUUUCCAUGGCAUCUCACUAAAGUUUCAUUCCAUGUUGGUAUAUGUGCAACAAUUAUGUACUGAUAAUGGUUUCUUGUAGAGAUCUGUGUGUUUGUGUUUGCCACAUUCUAGCCAAAUUAUUUGUUGGUUUAUGGACAUCAGUGCCCUAAUUUUUUUUUUAAUCUUUUAUUUUGGCCAGUCUGAAAUUGAAAUAUUUACAGCUGAAAACAUGGUCCGCGUAAUACUAGGGUUCUUUGCUAGUAGUGAUUCAAUCUGGUACGGAUCUCAAUGAGACAGUGAUGAGAUGUUUUAUAAAUAAAUAAAUAUAUAUAUAGAUAUAUAUAUAUAUAGUAGCAUAUCACAAAACAGAUUUACCUAAUAGUAUCAUCCCUUUAUGUUUAUAAUUAACUUGUAUUUUUGUACAAAUAAGAUUGUGUAAAAUAUAUUUAAAGUUUCAAUAAUUCCGUCUUUCCAACUUUUCAUGAUUUUUAUGAGCACAGACUUUCAAGGAAAUAACUGGGGGUGGGAAAACUCAAUGCCUUUUUGUCCAUUGAUCAGCAAAUAAAACAUGGCCUUAAGUUUUAUUGUGAAAAUUGUACUGUUUGAAAGUUUUAAUCAGGAUAGCUCUCUCAGAACUCAGAGAACAGACUGGGUUGUUCUGCCAUCGAAAGCGAAACUUCUGUAUCCUCCAAAAUGGGGUGAUACAGGACUUCUAUAAAUGCAUCCCUUUGUUUGAGAGCAGGAGAAUGAAAUGCCAAAUAUUGAAUAACUUCUUGCUGCAACAAAUAUUGCCAAGUUCACCUCACUCUUCAAAGAGCGAGGCUGCAGUCUUAAUGCACGCCUAGAUAGGUAUAACAUCCAGUUGAAAUCAGUGGGUUUUAUUCCAAUCAACUUGCAUGGCAACUGACAGUAAAGCUCAGAAAUUUCCUUCCAACCCGAACAGAUAAGUGUAAAAUAGUGACAGGUGUGCAAAUGGUUAUAUUAUUCGGAUUUUAUUUUUCCAUAUAUUGUAACAAACUACAAAACAAAAUACUGAACUGAAUAGUGCACUUUUUAACUUUUUUUGUAUUUUAGUCUUCGGUUUUGCUUUUUUGUCAGAUUGGAUGUUAAAUUGUAUAGAUGUCUUAAAUAUUUUUUUGUUAAAUAAUUCUAAUAAAACAUCAUUCUAGCCAAACUCUUUUUACACUGAUAGCUUUCCCUAAAAAAGAGAACACUAUGCAGAGGUUAAGUAUUUCAAAAAAAUUAAUGCAAUGAAUGAGACUUUUUUCAUGACUGCCCUUGAAUAAUUUUCUACACAUGCUCUGAAGUGCUGAGUUAAGAACAAAUUUGUUAAUGUUAAGGCACGCUGUAUUAAAUUCUCAGGUGUAUAGCCAUACGUAGGGAUGGUUAUUGGAAAAAGGACUGACCAGUCUUUGAGGUGGCAAUAAGUGUUGAUUUGAGGGCUAUGAUUUUUUAUCACUGUAUAACUGGAAUUUAUAUUAAGUUUAAACAAUUAUCUGGAAAACAGUUCAGAAGAGCUCUUAACGAAAUAAAUUAAAGCAAGAGAAUGUGCUUUUAAACAUGUUUGGAAAGCCAUAUUUUAAUGUUCUGCUCUGAAAUAUAUUGAAUUGCCAGAGAUGUUAGGACAAUGAUGCCCAAUCUUAAUCAUUUAUUUUGCUUAAUAAGGUUUUGCAUAUUGUGUGUGCUUAAACAUGCGAUGGAUGUAUUGUUAUUUGAUUAGUUUUCUAAGCAGUGAGUUGCAUGCCCAGAAAUAAACAUACUUAAAUAAACAUACUUAAAUACUUACUUAAACAUACCCAUCAGACUGUUCCGUUAGGGUUAUGCAGUGUUGUGUUACACACAGAAAGGAGUAGGAAAUAGCCAAAUAAUUUUAAAGCGUGAGGAAAUAAAAGGAAGUAGAGCUAUAUCUAACUUAUAUCAGCCCCUUUCACUAUAACUUUUCACCCUUCCUUCCACCUUGUCCAUGCCACCACUUCAUUCAGUGUCUUCACCUCUGAUGAUCUCAACAACGCCAUUCAACCAUGGCUUUCUCAGGGCUCCCUUCCUCACAGUUCCUUCAUGUAUUUGUAUUGUAGUUUGAUCCUUGCUCAUUAUCUGUAUAUGACCAAAUCACUUCAACAUACUUUUUUCAUAUUAGUCAUUCACUUUUAUAUUCAAUCUGCAUUCAUUCAACGCCAAUUCAUUCUUGACCUAUUUCUUCUGGUUUUACUGUACACACAAGUACUGCACUCUCAUUGCAUGAAACUUUGUAUUUCUCCUGACAGGCCUAACUCUGACUUCCAUAAAAUGAAGUGGGUAGAACUAUGCUCUUAGAUACAUUUUCUUUCUUUCAACAAACAUUUUUCAAAGCAAACCACUAUUUCUACCUUUCUAUCAGCAUUUGCACAUCCUAAAAUUUCUCCAUCAGUUUUUCUGUCUUUGGUAUAUGUUCUACCAACGUACAUAAAUUCAUCUAUUUGCUAUAGUUUUGUCACUUUUUAUGCUACCUUGCAAUUUUAUUUCAUUUUCCCUGCCAAACACACCUACUUUGGUCUUCGAUACAUUAAUUUUCAGAUCCAUGUUCUUUUAAGCUGAAUUCUGCCAAAUAACUUUCCCAGGCAUGUUUAUGAACCUCCCUGUACUUUUUGCAUACCUUUCCCCUUGUAUAAGGAAACAAUAAUGGUGUUCUUCCAGUCAGGCAUGGAUGCUGUCUUCAUUUUGCACAUUAAGCAAGUCCCACAACCAUUCUGUAAGCAGCCAUAUAGAUUAAAUAUAUAAGUAGCUUCUUUGGUACCUGAACAGUUCUCUAGUUACACCAUCUACACCUGUAGCUUACAAUUUUUCAACAUCCUCAGAGCAUUUAAGACUUCCAUUUCAUCUGUUUUUAUCCUUGGGCAUCUAGUGAGGAAAUUCAUUUUAAAUCCUAUGCAUAUCCAUACAGAAAUCAAAAGAACUUCUUCCAGCAUUCACUGGCUUCUGUUUCAUCCCAAAUCAUUUUGUUACGUCUAUUUUUAAUUCCAUUCACGUUGUUGGAGGCAUCUCAUUUUUGCAGCAAAUCGUAUUCCUAUAGGCAUUUGUUUUACUGAUCCACAACUCUUUUCACUUAAUUCCACCAGGCAUCCUUUUUCAUACUUCCUAUUAUAACUCUAUGCUUUUGUGGCACUCUGUAACGUAAUUCUUCUCACUCUCAUUCAGGCAUUUUCUGAAUCCUUUUUUUUUUU